GCUUGUUUUUUCAUCACACAACUCACAAGCAGAGAUUACCAAAAAAUAUAGACGUUAGGGUUCCCUAAUAACGGCUAGUUCCAAAUUUAAAAUUCGCAAGAAAAUCAUUUCUCACUCCCACUUUCCACUAUUGCAAUUUCUUUCCGUUACAAUCACUCUCUUCCCAGCUCUCUCUCUUUCUGCAAUUAACACUCAAAUCUUCUUCCAAAGAAACAAUCUUUUUUCUUUUCUCCUUCAAAUCUUGAAAUUCUGAUCAAUUAAUAAUGGCUCCAACUCCAUCAUCAUCGUCAAAAUCAAAUCAUAACAAUUACACCCAAAUCAGAACCCCACAAUCAAAACAUCGUCUUCAAUUCAAUUCAUCAAAGAUUUGUUCAAACCCUAAUCAAAACCCUAAUCCAAAUCCAUCAGCAGAACACCCAGUUGAAGUAAUUGGAAGAAUCAGGAAUCUUCCAGAAACAACAACAACAAAAGAUGACAACAACAACAACAACAACAACAACAAACCCAGUUCAAAUUUCUUAGAAAUCAAGGCAAAUGAUCAUUCAAUUCGAGUGAAGUCCGAAAUCGGAUACCGGGAUUUUAAGCUUGAUGGGGUAUCUUCAUCUGAGGAAGAUGACCUUGAAGGGUUUUACAAGAAGUUUAUUGAAUCUAGGAUAGUUGGGGUUAAAAUGGGUGCUAAAUGUACUAUAAUGAUGUACGGGCCCACGGGUUCGGGUAAGAGUCACACCAUGUUUGGCUGCUUUAAGCAACCUGGGAUUGUGUACAGGUCUUUGAAGGAUAUAUUAGGGGAGAGAGAAGAUGAUGCUACUGGAAUUGGGAUGUUUGUGCAAGUUUCUGUAUUGGAGAUUUACAAUGAGGAGAUUUAUGAUCUUUUGUCUUGUGAUAAACCUGCUGGAUCAUUCAAUCUUUGGUCCAAAGGAAGUGCUUCUAAGGUAAAACUAGAAGUGAUGGGAAAGAAGGCUAAAAACGCAACAUUUAUCUCCGGAAAUGAGGCUGGAAAAAUCCUGAAGGAGAUCCAGAAAGUGGAGAAGCGAAGGAUCGUUAGAAGCACAAAUUGCAACGAUAGAAGUUCGAGGAGCCAUUGCAUGAUAAUCUUGGAUGCCCCCACCGUUGGUGGAAGGCUGAUGCUCGUCGACAUGGCGGGUUCAGAGAAUAUUGAACAAGCUGGUCAGGUUGGCUUUGAAGCCAAAAUGCAGACUUCAAAGAUUAAUCAAGGAAAUACAUCUCUGAAGAGAGUUGUUGAAUCUAUUGCUAAUGGUGACUCCCAUGUACCAUUCAGAGACAGCAAGUUAACUAUGCUUCUGCAGGAUUCUUUUGAGGAUGACAAGUCAAAGAUACUGAUGAUCUUGUGUGCAAGUCCUGACCCAAAAGAGAUGCACAAAACAAUCUCGACACUUGAGUAUGGGGCAAAAGCAAAAUGCAUUGUCCGUGGCCCACAUACCCCUGUCAACGAUAAGAUCAAUGGCGAGGAUUCUUCUUCGGCUGUUAUUCUAGGAUCAAGAAUCACAGCAAUGGAUCAGUUCAUUCUGAAGCUGCAAUCAGAGAACAAGCAGAGAGAGAAAGAGUGCAGUGAAGCAAAGAAGUUGCUUCAGAAAAAGGAGGAAGAGGUUUCACAGUUAAGGGUAAAGCUGGAGCAAGUGGGAGGAGAAAAAGUGUUGGGUGCAAGUGAGGAGGAGAUCAAUGAGAAGGUCAAUGAACGUAUGCAAAUGUUAAAAAAGGAACUCGACAAGCAGUUAGAAGAGUGCCAAAGAAUGGCUAAUGAGUAUAUUGAGUUGGAGAAAAGAAGAAUGGAAGAGAAGAUGGAAAGACAACAACAAGAAGUUGAAAUGCUGAGGAGAAAGUUAGAGGAAAUGGAGCUUGAGCUAGCUCGUUCAAAAGAUGGAAGCAGUGGAAGUAGCGAUGACAGUGGGGCUGAAUUAGAUGGCAUCGGCUUUGUGAAAAGGCUGAAGGAAGUGUAUGCUGAUGAAGACCCGGGAAUGGAGAAGUCUAUGGACCUAGACAUGGGAGAUCAAGAAUCAUAUGCUCGUGAAGUGAUCGUAGGACAGUCUCCCUCAAAUCUGUUGAACGGGAUGCAGGGUUCUUUCACUCCAAUACUUGCUGAGAAAACAUAUUUGAGCACAGUUUAUGAGGAUGAAGAAGAAGUGGAAGCUGAAGAUGAGGAUGAUGAGGUGGAGAAGAAAGUAAUAGAGGAGAAGAAAGUCUCAACAUCACCACAAUUUAGUGAUGUUCAACUCACUCCAUCCUCCAGGAAAACAAGGAUCCAGAACAUAUUCACCUUAUGUGGAAACUACAGGGAGCUUUCACAACGACCCCCUUUAUGCUCGGAAAAUUUUUCUGCUCAAUCACCAUCUGAGCAUAGUCCUAUGACCACACCUGUUCGUUCACAACCUUCUUCAGUUAGUCCUUCUACACCAGAGCCUCUAAAGGAAAACUUCAACCCAUCAACAAACAAUGAAGCCGGGGUUCUGAUUGAAGUAUAUGUUAAAUGGGAGGCAACAAAAGAAAAUCCGGGUAAAUUUGUGAAUAAACUUAAGGUUGUGAGUAAUGCAACCUUGGCUGAUUUGAGGAAACUCAUCGAGAUCCAUCUCGGUGUCGAUAAGCAAGAUUUUACUUUCCUGUCAUUAGGGGAUCCUACAGGAGCUCCAAUCUCGAAGGCAAAGGAGACAACAGUGCUAGCGAGUAAACUACCAACAUGCAACAACCAACUUGGUGGGCACUUAGCAUGCUUGCGGCCAGCCAAAGGAGUUCAAAGUCCUAGUGUUGUUCCAUUUACAUCCCUGGAAAAUAAAAUUCCUGCAACUCCAGUUUCUUGUGUGAAGAAAAUAGUUAACGACUCUUUUUCACCUAGCCUAGACUCUAAUCUGGGUUCCACUCCAUAUGUUACUCUUCGUCGAUUCUGAAAGGAAGGUACAUAUGCCUAUGUACUCACUCACUCGCGUGUUGUAUGGCCAACUUUUGUAUCACUGACUGAUGUGAAGUCUAUUGGUAUAUAUAUUUCUUUUCGCUAA